GGCUGAGAAUGGGCACCAAGGACCUGGGGCACCCUCUCUUGGCAUAAGUGGAGGCUCAAAGAAAGAAAUGUGGGGGCAGAUCCUGUCGACCUGGUCCAACACAGUCCACACCGCACAGAGCAUCGCUGCCCAUUAUGGCAACGGCGUGGAAGCUUUUCACCUGGACACUCGUCUCCGCCAUGUCUGUGGGCAAUCUUCCCGGCUACACAUUCCAAACCCAAGAGGAGUUUCUCUCUAGCCUCGACCACUAUGAGAUCGCCAUCCCGAUCCAGGUGGACCAGAACGGCGACUUUCUCAGCUUCGACAUGAAGACCCAACGGAACCGCAGGUCUCGGCGUAGCGUGGGACAGCUGCCUUACGAGUCCCCGGAACAGCACGUCUUCUACAAAGUCUCCGCCCACCGGACCCAGUUCCUCCUCAACCUGACCUUGCACACCAACCUGCUGGCCGAGCGUUUCCGGGUCGAGUACUGGAAACGAGAUGGGAUUGACCGGCAGCACGAGUUCCACGAAGACUGCCACUAUGCCGGCCACUUGCAAGACGAGUACCUGAACUCCAAAGUCGCCGUCAGUAAUUGUAACGGGCUGCACGGCGUGAUAAUCGUGGACGACGAGGAAUACUUCAUUGAACCGCUGACCCCCGGUGGCAACAUCAGUGACGAGCAUGAAAGCAAAGGAAGCCCCCAUGUGGUAUAUAAACGAUCCUCUCUUCAGCACCCUCACAUGGACGCUGCCUGUGGUGUGUUAGAUGAGAAACCGUGGAAAGGCCGGCCCUGGUGGCUGCGCAUGCUGAAACCCUCCCCGGCGAAGACCCCGGGCAACCUUACCCAACGGGGCCAGCUGCCCCUGAAGAGGUCGGUCAGCACCGAGCGUUACGUGGAGACCCUCGUGGUGGCCGACAAGAUGAUGGUGGGCUACCACGGACGGCGAGACAUAGAGCAGUACGUCCUUGCCAUUAUGAAUAUUGUUGCUAAACUUUUCCAAGACUCAAGUCUGGGUAAUAUUGUGAACAUCCUCGUGACGCGUCUCAUCCUGCUGACGGAGGACCAGCCAACCCUGGAGAUUAACCACCACGCUGGGAAGUCUCUUGACAGCUUUUGCAAAUGGCAAAAGGCCAUUGUGAACCGCAACGGCAAUGGAAACGCCAUUCCGGACAACGGCAUAGCCAACCACGACACCGCCGUUUUGAUCACCAGGUAUGAUAUUUGCAUCUACAAAAACAAACCGUGCGGCACUCUGGGACUGGCGCCCGUGGGGGGAAUGUGCGAACGUGAACGGAGCUGUAGCAUCAACGAAGACCUCGGCCUGGCCACGGCUUUCACUAUCGCCCAUGAGAUUGGCCACACAUUCGGCAUGAACCACGACGGGGUCGGAAACGGCUGUGGCUCGCGGGGUCAAGAAACCGCCAAACUCAUGGCCGCUCACAUCACCAUGAAGACCAACCCCUUUGUGUGGUCAACGUGCAGUCGGGAUUACAUUACCAGCUUCCUUGACUCCGGAAUGGGUCUCUGUCUCAAUAACGCUCCACCCAAGCAAGAUUUCAUCUACCCAACAGUGGCUCCCGGACAAGCCUACGACGCGGAUGAACAGUGCCGCUUUCAGUAUGGAGUUAAAUCUCGUCAGUGUAAAUAUGGGGAAGUUUGCAGUGAGCUUUGGUGUCUAAGCAAGAGCAACCGGUGUAUCACCAACAGCAUCCCAGCUGCAGAAGGAACCAUUUGCCAAACUAACACCAUCGAAAAGGGGUGGUGCUACAAGCGGGAGUGUGUCCCUUUCGGCACACGGCCAGAGGGCAUAGACGGAGUGUGGGGCACGUGGUCAUCAUGGGGCGAAUGCAGCCGGACGUGCGGAGGAGGCGUUUCCUCAUCCAUCCGCCACUGCGACAGCCCACGGCCAACCAUCGGAGGAAGGUACUGCCUGGGUGAACGGAAGCGCUAUCGCUCCUGCAACACGGACGACUGUCCUCCUGGAUCACAAGAUUUCCGAGAGCUUCAGUGUGCUGAAUUUGAUCACAUCCCCUUCCGAGGCAAAUAUUACACCUGGAAAACGUACCGUGGAGGCGGUGUGAAGUCCUGCUCACUGAACUGCCUGGCCGAAGGCUUCAACUUCUACACGGAGAGAGCCGCGGCCGUGGUGGACGGAACCCCCUGCCGCCAGGAUUCGAACGACAUCUGCGUCAGCGGAGAAUGCAAGCACGUGGGCUGUGACCGCAUCCUCGGGUCGGAUACCAAGGAAGACAAAUGCCGGGUGUGUGGAGGAGACGGGAGUUCCUGUGAAACCAUUGAAGGGAUCUUCAACCACUCGCUGCCUGAUGGAGGCUACGAAGAGGUGAUAUGGAUCCCCAAGGGAUCGGUGCAUAUUGACAUCCGAGAACUCAACCUUUCUGUGAACUAUCUUGCUCUGAGAGGGGAGAAUGACGAGUACUUUGUCAAUGGGAAACUCUCUAUUGACCCUCCCCGGCGCUUUGACGUUGCCGGGACCACGUUCCACUACAGGCGCUCACAGGAUGAGCCGGAAUCACUGGAGGCCCUUGGUCCAACCAACGUCACUCUCAUCGUCAUGGUCCUUGUGCGGCAAGAACGGCAGAAGAUUCGAUACAAGUUCAACUCACCCAUUGCUCGCAGUUCCAUGACCCAGUACUUAUGGCACUACAUCUCAUGGACAAAAUGUUCGGCCAUCUGUGCUGGAGGCAGUCAAGUUCAACCCGUCGUCUGCAGGAACCAGGCCGACAGUUCCACGGUGUUCAACCAUUUCUGCAGCCUGGAAACCAAGCUUCCUGAGAGGCAGCGGUUGUGCAACACUGAGCCGUGUCCCCCGACCUGGGCGAUUGGCAACUGGUCCGAAUGCAGCCGUAGCUGCAACCAGGGGGUGCGCACCCGGAGCGUGACCUGCCGGCGCAAAGUCUCUACCACCGAAGAGAAAAUCCUGGAUGACUCCUUCUGCAGCCUGCCGCGGCCCCGUGUGCUGGAACCCUGCAAUAACAAGACGUGCCCCCCGGAAUGGGCUGCCCUGGAUUGGUCUGAGUGCACCCCCAGCUGCGGACCGGGCUUCCGUCACCGGAUCGUGCUUUGCAAAAGCGGCGACCACAGCUCCACCUUGCCGACCUCCCAGUGCCCCGAGAACUCCAAACCCCCCACCAGCAUACGGUGCAGCCUCCGACGCUGCCCACCCCCGCGGUGGGUCACUGGCGAAUGGGGCGAGUGCUCUGGGCAGUGCAGUUUUGGCCAGCAAAGACGUUCGGUCCAGUGUGUGGCCCACACGGGACAGCCGUCCGGCGAGUGCGUGGAGACCCUCAAGCCGAUGACAAUGCAGCAAUGUGAGAGCAGGUGUCACUCCGGACCGACGGAGAACCCGGAAGAAUGCAAAGAUGUGAACAAGGUCGCCUAUUGCCCCUUGGUGCUGAAAUUCAAGUUCUGUAGCCGGACUUACUUCCGACAGAUGUGUUGCAAAACCUGCCAGGGGCGUUAAACCAGAGCGUGUGCCCUCGUGCCGUGAGAAAACUGGAAGGGCCCAGGACGAGGGGGCAGGCCACGCCAUUUCCUGACCGCCACCUGCCCCUUGCCACGGAUCGCCAGUGAAUUCGAAGCGG